AUGACAGAUGCUAUGUUCGAGAGGAUAUUGAACAAACCGGAUGUUUUCUACCGACAUCAACAGAAUAACGAACCAGAUUUGACAUCGGAUGAUAAACGUGGGAUCCUUUCUGACUUGUUGCAAUCGAACAAGACUUUGUUUCUGCAGAGGUAUGGUCAGUACUUAAACGCAGUUGAUUGUGCGGUAUUUCAAGACGAAACUGACCCGUUGAUCAGGUUUAUGGUUGGGCAAAUUGAAGUGCGCAAGUCUGAUGCACAGAAUCUGAAAACUCGACGUUUUUUGGCUCUACAGAAACUGAAAGAGAAAGGAAGCUACUUUUCCGAUGAGAAAAUGAGGGAAAGGGAGCCGUAUCUCUAUGAUGUUAUGGUCGGAAAAUAUAUUGACGAGAAAGACCGCAUAAACCUACGACCAUCAGUAUCCCGCGAAGAAUGUACAGAAGGUGGGUGGGCCAAUAUGAUGUGCCAGUUUGAGUCGUCUCGUGAAAUUGCUCAGCGGCGGAAUGAACAUCACACCCAAUGGCAAAGGGAGGAUAAGGAGUCGCGUCAAUCUGAGCGACUUUCUCGUAUGGAGGCACAUGUGAGUAACAUGUUCUCAUCACGAGAAGAUGAGAUGGAAGAAGACCACGACGACGGUUUGGAUGAGUUACGUGAAGAAGUAGAUCGAAUAAGUCAGGAGGAAGCAGAGAUGCUGGAGGAUGGAAUGGAUGAUUCUCCAGAUAUUUUGCGCAGGGAAUUCGAAGCAUAUAUGGAACAAAGAUUCUUGGCGGGGCAGGAUUCCAGAUUCUUCAACUACGAUACGAUUGAUAACGAUUUUUCUUUGGACGAAAAGGAUGAGAUUCGCGCACGUGACAUGGAGGAAAAGUGGUUUGAAGCUGAGGAUGACGAAUGA